CCCGGCCUCCGCACCCGUUCCAAGUUUCUGGAUAUCGGAACAACGCACUUAUAUAUCAGCUUUGAGAAAAGAGAGGUUUUUUCGGAGCGAGUCGCAUCACCAGGGAAGAAAGAAGGCAUCAGGCGAGAAAGAACGAAAGAAGCGAGCGAGAGAGCUCUUAAAACAAAGGGACCGUUGCUUUCUUUUUUAUAUUUUUUGAAUUGGAAGCUUGGGGGUUUCUUUGGAGCUCGAGUUGUCUCGGUCAUGGCGGCCUCCGUCGAGAACCCCUUCUCCUCGGAUCACAUCGAGAAGACGAAGACCCUCAUCGGCGCCCUCAAUCUCCUCUCCCGCAAUCUCCCCCUCCCCCCUGACGUCUUCGACGCCGUCUCCUCGAUCUACCACGACGGCGGCCGCCAUGCCGCGAACGAGGAGGAGGAGGAGGAGGAGGAGGGGGAGGGAGGCGGCGGAGCCCCUCCGUCAGAAGAGGAUACGAUUUAUGGGGUUUCAACCAGUGAUAUUUUGGUAAAGGAGCUUGAAGAUGCAUUACUAAAGCAGCAAUCGAGUCGCACGUCUUGUUCAGUAUUGGAAAAAACAAAAGAAAGCCGUUAUAAUGGUCUUAUUCAGCAUCGACUUAUGGAGCUUGAAGGGUUGCCGUCUAGUCAGGGUGAAGACUUGCAAAUGAAGUGCUUGCUCGAACUCUAUGGUUUAAAGUUAUUAGAAUUACAGAGGAAGGUGCGAUCUGACGUGAGUGCAGAGUACUGGUUACAUGAGAAAUGUGCAUAUCCUGACAAACAAUUGUUUGACUGGGGAAUGAUGCGACUGCGAUAUCCCUGUAACAUGUAUGGUAUUGGAGAUGCUUUUGCAAUGGAAGCUGACGAUCAUCAGCGGAAAAAAAGAGAUGCAGAGGUUAUUUGUUGCCAUUUUCUCUUGUACUAUCCUAGAAUUCUGCUAUCAGCUGUUUUAUUUGAAAGAAAAACUACAACUUUUUUGUUGCAAUGUUCCUCAUGGCAGAGGUUGUCAAGAUUAGAAGAGGAGGAAAAGAACCGAGUAGAGACCAGGAAGAGGAAAUUCUUUGCAGAAAUUCUUAAUGCUGCUCGUGAAUUUCAGUUGCAAGCACAAGCUGCUCUGAAACGACGUAAACAAAGAAACGAUGGAGUUCAGGCAUGGCAUGCAAGGCAAAGGCAGCGUGCUACACGUGCAGAAAAAUUGAGGUUCCAGGCACUAAAAGCAGAUGAUCAAGAAGCAUAUAUGCGCAUGGUAGAAGAGAGCAAGAAUGAACGCUUAACAAUGCUCCUUGGGAAAACAAAUGACCUUCUUGUUGGUCUUGGAGCUGCCGUUCAGCGGCAAAAGGAUGCAGAGCAUUUGGAUGGGCUUGAAGCUCGUAAAAGCUCUGAGUCUGAUGAUCCUUUGCAGAUCUCAAAGAGCGAAACUCCAGGCGAGUUGCCUUUAGAUGAUGAUACAGAAGUUGUUAAUGGAGAUUCUGGUCCAAAUGUGAAGGCUAAUGAUUUGCUUGAAGGACAACGACAGUAUAAUUCUGCUGUCCAUUCAAUUCAGGAAAAGGUCACAGAGCAGCCAUCAAUGCUUCAGGGUGGGGAACUAAGACCUUACCAAUUAGAAGGACUUCAAUGGAUGCUUUCCUUGUUUAACAACAACUUAAAUGGUAUACUGGCUGAUGAAAUGGGUCUAGGAAAGACAAUUCAGACCAUAGCGUUAAUUGCAUAUUUAGUGGAAAACAAGGGUGUAACUGGACCUCACUUGAUUGUUGCUCCAAAGGCAGUACUGCCAAAUUGGAUUAAUGAAUUUUCAACUUGGGCACCGAGUAUUGUGACGGUUCUAUAUGAUGGGCGCCUAGAUGAAAGGAAGGCAAUGAGGGAGGAGUACUCAGGAGAAGGAAAAUUUAACGUGAUGAUCACACACUAUGAUCUGAUAAUGAGAGAUAAAGCUUUUUUGAAGAAAAUUCACUGGUAUUACAUGAUUGUUGAUGAAGGACACCGUCUGAAAAACCAUGAGUGUGCUCUUGCCAAGACACUUGUUUCAGGUUAUCGUAUUCGACGUAGGCUACUAUUGACUGGUACCCCGAUACAGAAUAGUCUGCAAGAGUUGUGGGCACUGCUUAAUUUUCUUCUACCCAGCAUUUUUAAUUCGGUACAGAACUUCGAAGAUUGGUUUAAUGCACCCUUUGCAGAUCGAUGUGAAGUAUCUCUUACAGAUGAGGAAGAGCUAUUAAUUAUUCGUCGUUUGCAUCAAGUUAUCAGACCAUUUUUGUUGAGAAGAAAGAAGGAUGAGGUGGAGAAAUAUCUUCCAGGGAAAACACAAGUCAUACUAAAAUGUGAUUUGUCUGCUUGGCAGAAAGCUUAUUAUCAACAGGUCACUGACAUAGGACGUGUUGGUCUGGAAUCUGGCAUAAAAUCAAAGAGCCUUCAGAAUUUGUCGAUGCAGCUCAGGAAGUGUUGCAAUCAUCCAUUCCUGUUUGUACCAGAAUAUAACAUGUGGCAAAAGGAUCAAAUUGUUAGAGCAUCAGGAAAGUUUGAAUUGCUUGAUCGCUUGCUUCCAAAACUGCAGAGAACUGGUCACAGAGUUCUGCUUUUCUCCCAGAUGACACGUCUAAUUGAUAUUCUAGAGAUCUACUUGCAACUAUAUGAUUUUAAGUACCUUAGGCUUGACGGGUCAACCAAGACUGAAGAACGAGGGACAUUACUCAGACAGUUCAAUGCACCUGACUCUCCCUACUUCAUGUUUCUCUUGAGCACUCGAGCUGGUGGUCUUGGAUUAAACUUGCAGACUGCAGAUACUGUGAUCAUCUUUGACAGUGAUUGGAACCCUCAAAUGGACCAACAGGCAGAGGAUCGUGCCCAUCGUAUUGGGCAAAAGAAGGAAGUUCGUGUCUUUGUGUUGGUUAGCGUUGGAUCGAUUGAAGAGGAAAUCUUGGAACGUGCAAAGCAGAAGAUGGGCAUCGAUGCAAAGGUCAUCCAGGCAGGAUUAUUCAAUACUACCUCCACUGCACAAGACAGGAGAGAAAUGUUGCAAGAGAUCAUGCGGAGAGGCACAAAUUCUCUUGGAACAGAUGUGCCAAGCGAGAGAGAGAUAAACCGCCUUGCAGCCCGAACUGAAGAGGAGUUCUGGCUGUUUGAGAAGAUGGAUGAAGAGAGACGGCAAAGAGAGAGAUACAGGUCAAGGUUGAUGGAGGAAAAUGAGGUGCCUGAUUGGGUCUUUCCUAAAACUAGUGAACACAAAUCUAAAGGGAACCAAGGCCUAGAUAGUAAGAGCAAUCAGGUCACUGGGAAGAGACGCCGUAAAGAGGUCAUUUAUGCUGAUUUACUUAGUGAUGUCCAGUGGAUGAAGGCUGUGGAGGAUGGAGAAGACUUGUCCAAGAUUGCUGCAAGAGGAAAGAGGAGGGAACAUCCCUCUGAUGCAUAUGAAUCUGCCUCUGAUGAUGCGGGCGGGCAGAGUAUGUCUGAGCAAAGGAACAUAAGCAGGUCUACGAUGAGUGAAGAUGGCAGUGAUGAUGUGUUGAGCAGAACAACCAAAAAAUUCAAGACUGGAUUUGUGCUGCCUAACAAAGAUGAAGAUGAGGGUGAAGGUGAAGGUGAUACCAGCAGCUGGAAAGAAAACAUUGUUACCUGGAGGACCCACAAGAAAAAGCGCUCGAGCCAUGGCUUCUCCAACUCAACAUCAGAUGUAAAGGGACCAUAGGGUUUCUAACAUAAACCAGAAUUUGGUUGCUUGCCAGGUGUUGAACGAGGCAACCAUUUAGAAGUGAAUGUGCAUUGCUUGGUCUAUUGCUUAAAUAGCAAUUUUCCCCCUCCAUCUGAGAGAGGCACUGCACCCAGUUUCAUCUAUAUAAAUAAAGAUUAUUGAUUUGAUUUACUCCAUGGUGAGAACCGGUGGCUGCUGUGAUGUAAGUCAUUUACUUUAGGACACAAACAUGAAACUGGCGAAAUAUCAUUCAGAACCAUAAGAAUGCUUUGUAAUUUUUCAUUUUAUAAUUUAAGCUCACCCACAAAGUUCUGAAACCACCCUUUUAGCUAUCCUUAAUUAUUUGCAAUAAAAGUGAUUGACUUGAAGUUGCAUUCAA